AGAAAAUGUUGGCAGUCUAUUUUGAUUGCCCAGGAGGCCCAGAAAAUCUCUAUGUGAAAGAAGUGAUGAAACCAUAUCCAGGAGAAGGAGAAGUUCUUGUGAAGGUCUCUGCCAGUGCUCUGAAUAGGGCUGAUUUACUCCAGAGGAGAGGGAAGUACCCUCCCCCCAAAGGAGCAAGUGAUAUUUUAGGCUUAGAAGCAGCUGGGAGCGUGGCUGGGCUCGGACCUGGCUGCAAGGGCCAGUGGAAGAUUGGUGAUGCAGUGAUGGCUCUGCUCUCCGGAGGUGGCCAGGCAGAAUACGUUACAGUACCCGAAGGCUACCUGAUGCCAAUUCCCAACGAUAUGACUUUCAUUCAGGCUGCAGCCAUUCCUGAAGCCUGGUUAACAGCCUUUCAGCUGCUGCAUUUUGUAGGUAAAAUACAGAAGGGUGAGAGAGUGCUGAUCCAUGCUGGAGCCAGUGGAGUUGGUAUGGCAGCCAUUCAGCUGGUAAGACUGGCAAAAGCAAUUCCCAUUGUGACAGCAGGAACUGAAGAGAAACUGAAAGCAACAGCAAAUGCUGGAGCAGCUGCGGGGUUCAACUACAAGAAUGAAGAUUUUAGUGAAAAGGUCUUGGCGUUCACCCAAGGUUCUGGAGUAGAUGUUAUUUUAGAUUGUGUUGGUGGCUCAUACUGGGAGAAGAAUCUCAACUGUCUGAGUACUGAUGGCCGGUGGAUUAUUUAUGGACUACUGAGUGGAGGUGAAGUACACGGAGAUUUGCUUGCAAGGCUGCUUUCCAAAAGAGCGAGCAUCCAUACAAGUCUAUUACGAUCACGAGACAAGGAGUAUAAGGAACAGCUGGUGAAAACCUUCACAGAAAAUGUGGUCCUGCCGUAUUUUUCCGGAGGAACCUCCCCUCAUCUCCAACCAUUUGUUGACAGCGUUUACCCUCUGCACGAGAUUGCAGAGGCACACAGGAUCAUGGAAGAAAACAAGAACAUUGGCAAAAUUGUCAUCGAAAUGCCUGCUUCAUCUUAA